AUGAAUGCACUUCUGAUCUGUAUUGUUUUCUUAUGUGUGGCUCUUGCUUCAUGCAAUCGAGGUGGAGGUCCUAGACCCUUUGGUAAUCAUGGACCUUUUAAUGGAGGACAAGAUAUGUCGGGAGGUUGGAAUCGACCACAUGGUAAUAACAGUCAGGCUGAUAACUGGGCCUCAAAAUUAUGCGCCAAUGACACAUGGGCUCAAUCAUAUCUUACUCAAACUCGACAGACGAUCAGCAGUCUUCGAUCAAAUGGAUCAUUUGCUCAAGCUCUUCAAAAUCGACAACAAGCUAUAGCUUAUCUUGAAGAUGAAAACAAUACAGAUCUUCUCUCAUCAAACUGUACUGCAUUCUUCAGCGGUCUCGAAAGUGCUAGAAAGAGUGAUAGAGACGCUUUGGACCUACAACGUCAACAAGAUUUUGCAGUUGGUCGUGCACUUUUUAGCAUUAUUCAAUCACUUGUGGGAGGCAAGCGUUAUUAA